AUGGCAGAUGUUGAUAAUGCGGGGAAUACUACUUCACCCACUCAUCCCAGCUUAGUGGAAUAUGAACGACUCUUCGGGGUGGAUGAGGAUGCCUACGAUCAGCCAACCACGACCAGAAGGGAGUUGUGGUCGUAUUACCUCUACUACAACGGAGACAACGGCGUGGGUCCAGGAUCGUACAGCCAAGCCCUCUUCCAAUGGGCACUGAAUGGUGCCGGUCAUCAGCCCGACACAAAUCCACCACGGGCAUGUACCGAUUCGUCUGCGUGUGUCGUACCCUGGGCAGGAGGCACGCGGUCCGUGUCCUCGGUGGUUCUCAUCGCCAACGGUCUUUGUUUCACGUUCAUGACCGUCAUCUUUGUAUGGCUGGGGAGUGCUGCUGAUUAUGGCACUUUCGGCAGGUGGCAGCUCUUGUCAUUAACGGUGGUUUGUUGGGCGCUGCAGUAUGGCAUGCUGUCGAUCCGACAUCCGAAUCAAUGGCCGGCAGCAAUGGCGAUGUACGUGGUAGCAUAUAUCGCCUACGGCGCGACCUUGGUUUUCUAUGCGGCCGUCUUCCCUCGGCUUGCACGUUACACGCCGCAUGUGCGCAAGGCACGAGAGGAAGAUCUGAGAGACGGCACAAUUGACCAAGAAGAGUAUGAUGCUAUAGAAUCAUUGGAGAGAAACCACAUCAGCCUUAAUCCUUUUGCAGACUGGGUCGUCCUCGGUAUAUGGUGGUUCAUUUUCCAGCAAAAGAGGCCGGGUCCUAAAAUUCCCAAAGGCUCAAGCUAUGCGACCAUCGGGUUCAAACAGAUAUGGCUUGCAAUUCGGGAGAUCAGGUCCCUGUCCCAGACAUUCUUAUAUUUUCUCGCCUACUUCCUCCUUGCUGACGGCUUGAACACAACCGGUACACUGGUCACUAUUAUUCAGAAUGACGCUGUGUCAUUCUCAUUUCUGCAAAUUACAUACCUCGGCAUUACACAGGCUGCCUGUUCUAUAACUUCGACGUUCGGAUUUUGGUAUAUCCAACGCUACUUCAAAUUCAAAACAAAGACCAUGUUCUUGUUCACCAACUUCUUCAGUGUUCUGAUUCCUUUAUGGGGUAUGCUAGGCUUGUGGACCAAGCGCAUCGGGUACCACAACCAAUGGGAGUUCUUUUUUUACAAUGUCAUAUUCGGUCUUUUCCAAGCCCCAUACUACGCUUACGCCCAAACCAUGAUCAGUGAGCUUAUGCCGCGUGGUUACGAUAACAUGUUCUUUGCUCUAUUCGGAAUCACUAAUCGUGCAGUAAGAUCCCGUCUUGAUUUUCGUAUGUUCUCGCUAAUCUCUCAGUCUUCAAUUAUCGGCCCCAAUGUCAUCCAGGCAAUUAUUAAUAGCACUCGCAAUAAUUGGAUGGGGUUCCCAUUUUUGUUUGCGAUAUGCCUUGGAGCUAUGGUUGCCAUCUUUUUUGUGGAUGUCGAGAAGGGUCGCGAGGAUUGCAGGAAGUUUACUGAACAGCGCAAGGUUGCUCGCGUUUCAGCAGAGAGUGGGUUAGAUGCCAACGAUCUUGCUAAAGGGAUACAAUCUGUUGGUACUGAAGAUGCUGAGCGAUUGGCAAGCGCGAGUGCUACAACCUCUGGGAGGGAUUAG